CAAGUUUUAUCCUUGCGAAGCGACUAUGCCGAUUCAUUGCAUAGAUAGGAAAGUCAAUGAGGGGAAGGACGCCUGGCAUCAAUCUAUCCGACAGGUAUUAUUGCGUCGGGCCUCGGCUCAACAACACUACAACUGAAUAGGACAUCAAUUGAUAAAUCGAUCAUUUCAACAACCAUCGGCUAUGAUUUGGGCUGAGUGCAGGAACUGCUGUAUCUGUCUCUUCUUCGAUUUAGAUAGACAGACUACCUAUCCACAUUCCAGCUGUUGCGAUAUCCACAGUCACGUGUUUCAACAUACCGAACAUCAUCCUAUAUCCAUACUUAUCCAUACUUAAACAUUCAACAUAAAUACUUCAAAAUGGCGCUCAAACUCGCUGGCGGCAUCAUAGCCCUGCUAGCCGUGCUCUUCCAAUUCGUCGUCAAAGACAUCCUCUUCACAACUCUCGGCUACGGCCGAGACCUACAAUCAAUCGACGAAUUCCCAUACUCCUGCCGCCGCAUCUACCACCCCCUGCUCGACAGCUGCGAGGAUCUAUGGCUCGAUGAUUCCGGCCGCCGACUGUAUGCCGCCUGUUCGGCGAUUAGCAGUCGCAAGCACUGGAAUCCCGCUGCCGACAAACUCAACACCAGUGGGCGAGGACUCACGGAUCACAUCUCUGUCCUGAACAUCGACGAGCCGGGCCCUGAGAAGCUCUACGGCGUGCACGAGCUCCAGCUCACCGGGCCGUACGCCAGCGCCACCGGCGGCCGCGAGAUCGAUCUGCACGGGUUCGACGUGCAGGUUCUCGACAAUGACGAGGGGCGGCUACGUUUCUUCGUCAUCAACCACCGGCCAGUGAGCGCCAUCUCCUCGAGCCCGGUAGACGCUCGGCAGCACGGCGCGAAUUCGACCGUGGAGGUGUUCGACCUCGUGCGCGGGGAGACCGAGUUGCGAUUUGUUCGAACGAUUUCUGAUCCGGCUAUUCAGACGCCAAAUAGGCCUGCUAGUACGGGCGAUGGGGGGUUUGUAGUUACGAAUGAUCAUAGCGCGAAAGUUGGUUUUCGCCGUGAACUCGAUCUCCUCCUCGGCGGCGGGAGCAUCGCGUAUUGCUCCGCGACCAGCAAAUGCCACAUCGCAUCCAACUCAGGAUUCAACUUCCCCAACGGGAUUGUACGGGGUGCAGAUGGACUGUACUACACGCCCAGCGCGAUGACAGGCGAAGUCUCCAUACACAGGCUAAGCACUAACCGCACGCUCACAAAAGUGGGUGAAAUAUAUCUAGGGAUGCCGCUUGAUAACCUCUCUGUUGAUGCGGAGGGGGAUAUCUUCGCUGCGGGGUUUCCGAAGGCGCAGAAGAUGUUGAAGGCGAUGGGGACGCCGGAGACGAUCGGGGUGCCGACGACGGUGUGGCGGGUUCGGAGGAAAGGGGGUGAAGGGUUGGGGUUUGAAGUGGUGAAGGUGUUGGAGGAUAGGGAGUGUAGUGUGUUGCCGGGGACGACGUCAGUGGUGCAUGAUGCGAGAAAGGAUGUGUUUUGGCUGGGUGGGCCGACGUCGAAUUUCAUCAGUGUUUGUGAGAGGCGUGGUUAGUCGAGAGGUUGGAACA